AUGGACAAGAAGAGAUUCGCAAAGCUCGCCACGAGAUACGGCCAAUUGCGAGACCUCACAUUUACAAAGACGCAAUUCUUCGCCUACGGGUGCUGGGACACAAAGCGCUGCGAAAGCUUGUCUGAAGUGGAGGGAAACCAACAGUUCGAGCCAGGACAUUGGUGGCUGAAUCUCGCUUGCGCUGCUCGCGAUGGUGUUGUCGGCGCUACACAUGAAACUCCCACCAAGGGACGAUAUGGGUUUGCAGCAUUGCCACUGAUGAGUGGGAACGAAGUCAUCGAUUCUGAUAAAGACCUGAUCAAAUACACCAGAGAUUCAACAUUAACUGAUGCCUCAGUUUCGCUGAUUACCCAGGUCGGUGCCAAAACUCGACUACUGCGUGGCCAUUGCUUGAAGAGUCCGUUCGCUCCCAAGAGUGGGGUGAGAUAUGAUGGACUAUACGUUAUCCGCCAAUAUGGACAUAAACUCCAAGCGGACACGGGGCUCCACAGGGUGGUCAUCACUUUGGAGCGCGUUCCAGGACAGAGGCCCAUGGAUGAGCUACUCCAGAUACCACGCCCUUCGCAAAUGGAUGAUUGGCUAAUAUUUGAGAAGUACGAGGGGGAAAUGGUGAAGAAGCGACAGGGGAACGAAGCGUUUACCGAGUGGAAGGUUGAAAAGGCACAAGAGAAAGUCGACCAUUCGCAAUGGGAGAGGGUAGCGAGAAUGGCAGCAGAUUCGAUGCAAAGAAAAGAAGCCAUGGUGCAAUUCGCGAAGGAGCACGAGGAGAUACCGUAA